GUUACGGACAUAGCAACACGACCUUACAUUUCUGCGGACGUCUCCACUUGCGCAGCCGGUGACAAGCUCGAAGUGCCACCCAGCCCGACCUCUCCUCCCGAGCUCCUCCCCGAAACGCAGCUGGAGCUCGGGCACCUCGGAGAGUGCGGCGACCUCGAAAACUGCCUCUGCCAGCUAGCCUUCUACCACGUCGUGGAGCAGGCGCGCCGUGAGGAGACGUGGAAGGAGAAGCCGCCCACCGCGAAGGCCCCACACACGCUGUGGGACCUGACCACGCGCAUGGCCCGGCUGCUGGAGACCAUCCUCAUGGAG